AUGUCUGCUACAACAGAAUCAGAAUCUGCUGGUAAAUGGAUACCUUUAGAGAGUAAUCCAGAGGUUUUCAACUUUUGGGCCAAAAAGGCGGGUUUGGUGACAUCUCAAGCCCACUUCGAAGACAUCUAUGGAUUAGACGAUGACAUGCUAGCAAUCGUACCUCGUCCUGUCAAAGCGGUUGUACUUCUUUUCCCAAUUGACGCCGAUGGGGAAGCCAGGAGGGCCGAAGAAGAUUCGAAGAUAGCCAGAGAAGGUCAACCAAAGAUCGACAAUACGAUAUUUUGGGUUAAACAGACUAUAUCUAAUGCUUGUGGCACGAUCGGACUUAUCCACGCAUUGGCAAAUUCGGAUGUGACCUUUACGCCAACCAGCCUUCUUCAAAAAUAUAUUAUUCAAUGUGAAAAUAAAACCCCCCUGGAACGCGCCGAGCUUCUGGCCACGACGCCACUUUUUGCCGACAUUCAUGCCGAGUCUGCUGACUCUGGCCAGUCCGCUCAAACCAUUGAUACUGACCUCCACUUUACCUGCUUUGUCGAGGCUCCGGAUGCUGAUAUCAGAGGCGCAGCUCAAGGUGCUGGAAUAAGUGAGGGUGCAAAAACCGACACGAAGACUUCAGGGAUGAGACUCAUUGAAUUGGACGGUAGAAGAGCCGGUCCAGUAGAUCAUGGGGAAUGCACUGAUUUGCUCAAGGACGUUGCCAACUUGGUGAAAGCGCGAUACAUGUCGGCUUCGACCAGCGUUUACUUCAACCUUAUGGCUCUAACCACUGCACCACAAGAUUAA